UAACAUUUUCCAGUCCAAACACUAAAGUCUAGUACGACCGUUAUGUUCUCAAAUCUCGCCUAAACUAAUUCUCUGUGUAGCCGGAAUUCUGUAACGGUCAUAUUUCCGGUAACUUUCUCUCGUCUAAAAUCAUAUCAAUACCGAAAAAUCGGUCUCAGUUGCUAGUUGCUAUACAUACACUCUCUAAUUCACUCUCACUUUUAGUUUAUCAUAAACUAUCAUUUUCAGGUUUUAGCACGGGUUUAUGGUGGAACAGUCUGAAAAUUAGGGUUUCUGAAGUGACUUUGAAGAAUGAAAUAUUAUGAACUGAAAUUCUUGUGUAAGCAAUGGUAGCUGCAGUAUCAACUACAAUUAACAACUCCAAAACAACUAGCCAAAAUCGUACAAGGCCACCUCUCUUACCUUCGGACCCCGAGAAUGCUCUCGCAAAUCGACGCCCUAAAUCGCGAGAAGUCACUUCUCGAUAUCUUUCCUCCUCCUCGUCUUCGUCCUCUUCCACGUCAUCUACAACAUCGAAACGUUGCCCAUCACCAUUAGUUUCAAGAACAGCUUUAUCAACGGCCAUGAUGACUCCAAUUCCCUCAUCUCACUCCACAAUCAAACGGUCGCAAUCCGUGGAGCGGAGGCGGCCGGUAACUCCUCGUUCGAAUGGUAAUAAUUCUUCUCUAGAUGUGAGAACUGGCGAAAUAUCCGCGGCGCAAAAAAUGUUGUUCACUUCGGCGAGGAGUUUGUCGGUGUCUUUUCAAGGGGAGUCGUUUUCGCUUCAAGUAAGUAAAGCUAAACCAGCACCGUCUCCGUCGCCAAUUAGUGCCGUAAGGAAAGGCACACCGGAGAGAAGAAAAGCGAUUACGCCAGCGAGAGGAACCGUGGUUCAUACGGAGAAUUCGAAGCUGGAGCGGUGGCCUGGGAGAUUAAGGCAGCCGAAUUCCAUGAGUAGAAGCGUGGAUUAUACGGACGAGAGAAAGAAAUUGAGUGGUGGAUCUGGAGGCAAUGUAGUUAGGGCAUUACAGAAUUCGAUGGUUGAUAAUAACAACAACAGGGCCUUGUUUGAAACGAGAUUGAGCACUGAUUCGGCAAAUGCUUUGCUGGAGAGGAUACAAAUGCAAAAGAAGAAAGACGACGUUAUAAACGGAUCUGAUGGUCGGUGUGAUCUUGUAGCUUCUGACACCGAGAGUGUGUCUUCUGGUAGCAAUUCCGAAGCUCAUGAAAGUAACGGUGUUGUUAAUCAAGGGCAGCGUGGUCCACGUGGGAUUGUAGUUCCAGCCAGGUUCUGGCAUGAGACUAAUAACAGAUUGCGGCGCCAAACUGACCCGGGUUCUCCCAUAUCUAAGAAUAAUGGACUGAAAACCGCUUCUACACCAAAGCUUGGCGUGGCCAAGAAGUUUGGUAUUGAUAGUCCUGUGUCGUCUCCAAAAGGAGUUGUUAAUACCAGAGGACUGGUAUCGCCUAUUAGAGGUGCAAUUAGGCCUGCCUCGCCAAGUAAGCUAGCAACUUCUGCUGCCUCUUCUCCUGUGCGGGGAGUGAGCCCUUCCAGAAUAAGGAAUCUUGUGGGGGUUGGAGUGAGUAGUAAUUUGAGCAAUGUGAAUAACACACCAUCGAUUUUGAGUUUUGCUGCCGAUGUUAGGAGGGGGAAGAUUGGGGAAAAUCGGGUUGUUGAUGCGCAUUUGCUGAGGUUGUUUUAUAAUCGGUUGUUGCAGUGGCGGUUUGCGAAUGCCAGAGCUGAUGCUGCUCUGUCAGCCCAAAGGUGGAAUGCAGAGAGAAGCCUCUAUAACGCGUGGAUAACUACGUCAAAGCUGCGUGAAUCUGUUAGAGCCAAAAGAACUGAGUUACAGUUGCUGAGGCAAAAUUUGAAGCUAACAUCUAUCCUCAGGGGGCAGAUGAUGUAUUUGGAAGAAUCAUCGCUUAUGGAACGGGAUUACUCCAGUUCAUUGUUGGGGGCUAUAGAAGCUUUGAGGGCUAGUACACUUCGCCUCCCUGUUGUUGGAGGGCAAGGGUAUUGCCCUGCCCAAAUGCAUAUUUACUUUUAA